CAUUGUUCCCUUCCCAACCCUCCUCAUCCUCCUCCUCCUCCUCCUCCGCCUCCCCACUCCCACCACCUCCGCGCCCUUCAACUACAAAUCAGCCCUUUCAAAAUCCCUCCUUUACUUCGAAUCGCAGCGCUCCGGCCAUCUCCCCCACACCCAACGCUCCGCCUGGCGCCACCACUCCGGCCUCUCCGACGGCUUGCAGCAAGGUGGAUCUGAUCGGAGGGUACUACGAUGCAGGGGAUCAUGUUAAGUUCGGUCUUCCUAUGGCGUUUACGGUGACCAUGCUGUCGUGGAGCGCGGCGGAGUACGGCGAGGAAAUAGUCGCCGCCGGCGAGGAGAGGUAUGUGUUGGAGGCCAUCAAAUGGGGGACCGAUUACUUCCUAAAAGCGCAUACGGAGGCUAAUGUUCUUUGGGCUGAGGUGGGUGAUGGUGACACUGACCACUACUGCUGGCAACGGCCCGAGGACAUGACAACCCCAAGACAAGCCUACAAAAUUGACUCAAAUAAACCCGGUUCAGAUCUCGCAGGAGAGACGGCGGCCGCCAUGGCCGCCGCCUCCCUCGUUUUCAGAAAGUCCCACCCACAUUACUCUGAUCUUCUCUUACAUCAUGCAGAACAGCUGUUCGAGUUUGGAGAUAAGCACAGAGGAAAUUAUGAUAAGAGUGUGGAGAAGGUGAGAAGCUAUUACGGGUCGGUGAGCGGCUACAUGGACGAGCUUCUGUGGGCGGCUCUGUGGCUACACAGAGCCACGGGGAGGAGAGAGUAUUUGGAUUAUGCGGUCACUAAUGCCGUUAAUUUCGGUGGGACGGAGUGGGCCAUCAGGGAGUUUAGUUGGGAUCUAAAGUAUGCGGGCAUUCAGGUUUUGGCUGCAAGGAUACUACUACUGGAGAAAGAGCCAUUGCCGGAGAGUCAUGAAAAAGUGUUGAAACAAUACCAAGAGAAAGCAGAGCAUUACCUCUGCUCAUGCCUCAACAAGAAUAACAAUGGCAGCAACGUGCUCCGCACCCCCGGCGGCCUCUUAUUUGUCCGCCCAUGGAACAACAUGCAGUACGUCUCAACCGCAGCUUUCCUCCUCACCAUAUACUCUGACUAUCUCGCCGCCUCCUCGAAGAAACAAUUUAGCUGCCACUAUGGAACAACCAGAGCAGCUGAUCUCAUAAAACUUGCAAAGAGACAAACCGACUACAUCCUGGGCGACAAUCCGCAUGGCAUGAGUUACUUUGUUGGUUUCGGGCGGAGGUACCCUACUAGAGUUCAUCAUAGGGGGGCUUCAAUUGUGUCCUACAAAGAGAGUCAUGGAUUCAUUGGGUGCACGCAGGGGUAUGAUGAAUGGUAUUCGCGGCGAAAGCCGAAUCCAAACGUGAUUUGGGGAGCGAUUGUAGGGGGGCCGGGGUUGGGAGAUGAGUUUGAGGACGAACGUGGGAACUAUAUGCAGACAGAAGCAUGCACGUAUAAUACAGCGCCAAUGGUUGGUGUGUUUGCUAAGUUGUAUUCUCUUGCGCAGAAGCGAAAAAAGAUGAUUCCUUUGCUGAAUGAGAAGAAUGCAGGAAGAUUGUGGAGUUUACAAAGGUAGAAGUUGGGAGCAGAAUAUAUUAGAUGAGAAUAUAAUUAAUUUUUACAUAAGGUUUUUUAUAUAGGGAAUAUGUUGAAGUGAAAAGAAGUAUAUAGAGUAUAGAUUAACAUAAGGGGGAAUAAUCUCCUUGCGAGGACUUUAUUGAUGCUGUGAAAAGGGGUUGGUUGUCAAGAUGAGCUAGCUCUGUUAGGAUAUUAGGAGAGAGGUGAUGGGUGGGAGUGGAGAUUUAAAUGUGCUGUUUAAAUGUUUGUGAAAGAAGAGUUAAUUUGUUUGUCUGGAUGAGUAUCAUUGUGGCUGCGUUUAGUAGUUGAUUUAGUUUGUUUGUGGCAAUUGAAAUUGGAGAAAAGUGUUAAUAUGAUCUUAU